GUGAAAAGUCCGCGACUUUUAUUGUGUUAUUUUCCUAGACCGGAAUUUGAAUGUGUGUCAUCCGCUUUCCUCCUCGUCGUCCCUCCGGCAGGCUCGCCUUCUGAAUCGCAGAGGCAAAGGCAAUGGCUCGAGGGCAGCAGAAGAUUCAGUCGCAGCAGAAAAACGCCAAAAAGGCAGCAGAGAAGAAAAAGUCGCAGGGAGCCGAUCAGAAAACGGCUGCCAAAGCAGCACUCGUCCACACAUGUCCUGUCUGCAGGACACAGAUGCCUGACCCCAAGACUUUCAAGCAGCAUUUUGAGAGUAAACAUCCUAAGUCUCCUAUGCCCCCUGAGCUGGCCGAUGUUCAGGCAUAAAAGACUCUGGGAGCCAUCUGGGACCCUGGGGAGAAAUGAUUCGAUUCAGCUUGGCCAACUGAUUCAACUCCUAGAAACAGACUCUGGAUUCGAUGUGACAGGAGACUUAAUGAUGGACUAAAGCACACCAGCACCCUUUGAUUUUAUAUUUUUAUAUGUAUUUCUCUUUAUUUGGGCAUACCAUCAGAUUUGGUGUGCUCUAACAGCCUCAUUAUCAACCUUCUGUCAAAACCUGUAGUGUUUAUCCACCACUGGUUAAUGUCCGUCUCUCUCUCCUGUUGUGCAUUUUCACUUUAAAAUUCAUACGAAUGCAGAUGCGUACAUGUUCUUUGGUGCAUACGAUUCAAUAAUGCUCUGUAAAAAAUUAGCCAUAUUAGGAAUUGGCGUCACCGUGUAAAAUAUUAGCCGAGAUUGUGAUUGGCUUUUAUGAAUUCAUGUGGGAGGGAAGAAAAAUCCACGAAUCGAAACAAUUGCUCUUGUAAAGUACUCUGGGUGUUGAAUAGAGCCUCUGAAAUUGCUUAACGUGUACUUCAUUCUCAAUUUUUUGCUAAGGUUUUCAAUAAAUGUGUAAGCAUAUAGUCA